AUGGCUCUUGCGAAGCACAGCAGGAGGGCAGCGCCAAGGAGUGCGGGGUCACAGGCCCCUCGAUCGAUCGUCUUCGCGGCCAGGAACGUGGCUUUCACUCGUCGUCAUGCGCAGCAGCAGGCAGUGGUGGCGCUGACGCGCAGCGUGGACGAGGAGGUCAGCGCGCCGCGCCAGGAGCGCCCUGUGGCGAGCGAGCCGGCGCGCGUGGUUGCCACGCCGCCCCCAUCGGCUAACGGGGCGCUGCAGAUCCCUGUUGAGGACCGCCCUAAGACGUUGCGCAACAUCGUCUUCGUGUCCUCCGAGGCGGCCCCCUGGUCAAAGACUGGCGGCCUGGGCGAUGUGGUGGGCUCUCUGCCCAUCGCGCUGGCGGCACGUGGCCACCGCGUCAUGGUGGUGGUGCCGCGCUACGCCGAUUACGAGGACACCCACGACACAGGGGUGCGGGUGACCCUCCUGGGCCACACCCAAGUCUCAUACUUCCACAAACGCGCAAAGGGCGUGGACUGGGUGUUUGUCGACCACCCCAGCUACAAGCGGCCCGCGGGGCUGUACGCAGACGAGCACGGGCCCUACCCUGACAACCAGUUCCGCUUCACGGCGCUGUGCCUGGCUGCGUGCGAGGCUCCGCUGAACUUGCCGCUCCCCAGGGGGGACAACGCGGAGGGCCAGAAGGAGCUGUACGGUCAGGACAUCACAUUCGUGGCCAACGACUGGCACGGCUCCCUGGUUCCCGUGUACCUCGCGGGCAAGUACCGCCCUCACGGUGUGUACACCAACUCGCGCAGCAUCCUGGCCAUCCAUAACCUGCGCCACCAGGGCGUGUACCCGCCGCACUCCUUCAAGGAGCUCGGCCUGCCUGACAAUUGGUACGGCGCGGUCGAGUUCCAGUACCCCCCACACCAGCGGCAGGGCAGCUACGCGGAGGAGGGGCGCAGCGUCAACCACUUGAAGGCCGGCAUCACCACAGCUGACCGCCUGCUGACUGUGUCGCCGGGGUACAGCGGCGAGAUCAAGACCUACCUCGGCGGCUGGGGCAUGGAGGGCCUGCUGGCCAGCCGCGCUCCCGUGCUCAGCGGCAUCGUCAACGGCAUCGACAUGGAGGAGUGGAACCCGGCCUCUGACAAGUUCCUGGCGGCCAACUAUUCCAUAGCGGACUUCAAGGCCGGCAAGGCGGCCAACAAGGCGGCGCUGCAGAAGGAGCUCGGGCUGCCGGUCAACCCGGACGUGCCGCUGCUGGCCUUUAUCGGGCGGUUGGACUUCCAGAAGGGCGCAGACCUGCUGCUGCAGGUGGCGCCCUGGAUGAUGAGCCAGGGGGUGCAGCUGGUGUGCCUGGGUACGGGCACCCCUGACCUGGAGGCCGGCCUGCGGUGGCUGGAGGCGACCUACCCCCAGCAGGCGCGCGGCUGGGUGGGGUUCAACGUGGCGAUGAGUCACAAGAUGACGGCAGCUGCCGACAUCCUGCUGAUGCCCAGCCGCUUUGAGCCCUGCGGCCUCAACCAGCUCUACGCCAUGCGCUACGGCACAGUCCCCGUGGCCCACAAGACUGGGGGCCUGGGGGACACAGUGAUCGACUUCAAUCCCUUCACACAGCCCCCUGUGGGGACUGGCUGGACCUUCAGCAACUUUGACGCGGGCGGCCUGAUGCACGCUACUGGGCUGGCGCUGUCGACCCUGAGGAAGCACCCGGAGGACUUCCAGGGCAUCCAGCGGCGGGGCAUGGAGCGGGACAGCAGCUGGAACUGCGCCGCGAAGAAGUACGAGGACAUAUUUGAGUGGGCCUCCAUCGACCCUCCGUACUGCAAGUGA